AUGGCCUGCGAUGGUCAACAACGACGACGUGCAGCAACUAUCGACACCUUCUUUCCCAUUCAAGGGACCCGAUCUGUUGCCACAGCUUCAACGACCGUGGCAGAUGAAGUUGCCGACGUUGCCGCCAGUGCCCAACCGCCCGUGACCGCAGAAAGAGCCCCAUCGCCUUCGGCUGCGAGCACGCAGGCGCCAUCAUCGCUCCUUCCAUGCCCUCGACCUCCACCAGGUGUUCCCCUGCCGAUCAAUUUAGGGUCUCAAAUCACCUGCGCCGCACUCGGCAAUACGCUUUUUCAAAACGCACUCAUCAAGGCUCUCAAAGAGCACCCUAUUCCCAACGUCAAGCCUCCACAGUCCAGCACUCUGCAACGACUUGCCGAACACCUGCAUGAAAAGCACUGGACACGAUUCCCGAAUGCCAAGUCAAUUAAACAGAUUCGAUCGAUUGGGGCCGCUAAGCUCAAGCCGUUUCAUGAACAAACCUGGUUCGUCUUCGAACGCGUCAAUGAGGAGAUCCGACGCGCCAGUUCCCGCGCUCCUGCAAAUGGUGAGCCUGAGUCAUCAACGACAUCCCCUUCUGAACCCAUCACCGGCCCAGGGUCCUCCGCUAAUGUGGAGGACAGCGCUGAGACAUCAGAUCCACCAUUGCACCCUGAAGCAACAUCAGACAUCAUGCCCUCAUCACAACCGCAGCCGUCACCACAACAGCAACAACAGCAACAACAGCAGCCACUCCAUGAUGGUGCUCAAGCUGAGCCCGAGCCUGGGGACGCUUCCCCCAUGCAGCUUCUGAUGGCCUUUCACGAGCAUCAAGUGCAGACCAAUCGAACCCUUGACUUUGAGCUAUGCCACCAUGCCCGGUUACCAUGUGCGGGCAGCUAUCGCACCCCGCUGGCCUCCCUGUAUCUGCUGGAGGGCGCAGAAAUACUCUACUGGAACCCUCUCGUGGCACCAACACCACUAAAUUGUCACGAAUGUGGUACCCAGCUAUCAGCCUUGCCAGCAUCGUGUCCUCGGAGUGCGAACUGGUCCAAGUUGUUUCCCAUCGAACACGAGGGCGCAGAGCCACGAUUUGCCUCCUUUCGCGUCGUUCGCUGCCCAAACGAUGAUUGUGCCCUGCGCUUGAAGAAGAAAGGGCAAAAGUCUGCCCAAUCCUUUCACUCCGGCCUGGAAGCCGUGCUCGAGGCCAUGCCUACCUCAUUGGCAUCCAUGUUUGAGCUCCACAUCGGCUCGCGCAACCCAAAGGCAUUCUAUAGCAUGCCAUUCUACACCCGCGUCUUUGAGUCGCUUUGUGGAAGUACCACCUUGCUCUCGUUAGAGGAGGAGUGCAAUCGGCAAGCCAGCGUGCGAAUGACUUUGCUUGACACAUGCUAUUGCUCCCACGUGCUCGAAUUUCGGAAGCGCGCCGUCCAAGUCACCGAUAUAGCUGAUGUCAAUAUCCCAGGGCUGCCAUCCAAACGCCCUUUUCCGAAGCCUCGUGAAGUGGUGGCAAAUCUCAAGGUGGAGCCUCUCGCGGCAGUGCACCGACGUUGGAAAGACGACAAAAACCACUAUCAGAUGUUCACCAGUACUUAUCGGCGGACGCUUGGGCGGCUUCGUACAACCUUGGGCGACCAGAUCAUGCCUCAGCUUCUACAAAGCAGUGCAAUCAUGCUGGCCUCUUCAGCAGAUGUGCUGGCCAUGGAUCACACCUUCAAGCUCUUGAAAAAUGUUCGUGGCACGGGCUACAACGCUGUCGCCACAAUCCGGAGCAACACAUCAGGGGCAGCACUAGCUGUGAUGGUACCCACCACUGCAAUCGGUCACCUUUCCCAUACUUUGAGCGGCAUAUCACACCUGCAACAGGCACUUUCAAAAAAGGCGUUGCAGCAACUGAAAGUCAAAAUCGACUCAGGAACCGUCCUUUUCGAGCACUUGAACGCUGAUGAGCGUUUUGCCUUUGAGCUCCUUGCUCACUACGGCAUCACGCAAUCUUCAAAAGAAGGCCAUUUGUCGAUUGGAUUGAACAACUCGCCGCGCCAGACAGCCAAGCCAUCUACGUGGACAAUUGCUGUACCGUGCGCGAACAAUUACUCGCUGCUCUGCCUUCUUUGGCCCGACAGUUUCAAACCCCUCAAGACGCGCGACAAUAUGAGCCAGUGA